AUGAAACUUAAAGUUCAACUUUUCCCUGUUGAUGAAACUACACGUAGAGCCUUGGAAAUGGACAAUCACAACUCGCAUCUGGAGCUGACUUUAACAGCAUCUGGAGAAUUAAAACUUGUGCCUUAUGAUGCUCAAACAUCAAAUCUUUCCAAUUCUCAGAAAUGGAAUCAGGAUUCUGUCUUAAUUGGGAGUCCUCCGAUUUUCCGUUUAAGGUAUGGUUGGUUUGGUAAGGGUGAAGAACGUAACAACACUAACAAUGGUAUUGGUAUUGGUGGAAGUGUGGGAAUUGGAUUGUCUACAUUGGAAUGGUGGGUCCCACUCCAUGUCAUCAGCAGAUUUCAUACAGCUGUGAUUCUUUUGAUGCUGCAAUUGCUGCCCACAUUAACAAAAAUCAUCAUGCCAAAAAUAAUGGAUUCCAUUCCACCACCAUUCAGUCUUCAAUUUAUGAUGCAUAGGAAACAUAAAUCACGUGAACCAGAGGAGCCGAAAGAAUGUGAGUUUGAUGAAAAUCAUAUUCCUGCCCCAAAGGAUCUCACCUCACUUACUGAUGUGUAUUGGCCGGAGUCUUUACGACAUAAUGAUUAG